AUGUUCCAGGAAGAGCCGAAGCGGUUUGACCAGCUAGAGGGUGUUGAUCAGCUGCGUCGAUCGUCGUUGGUCGCGAAGGGCUCCUGGUCUGAAUCUCAGACGUUUUCCAUCAUCCUCUGGCGCAGCGGCGGCAGUAUCAGAAUGAUAAGAAUAUGGGUCACCUUCUCGUUCGUCGCCCUGUCUUCGAAAGGUCAAUAUAGCCACAAUUGUCCCAAUCACCCGCUGCUGUGGAUCAACGCCCUUGCCGUCUUACCGCCGAAGCAAAGAAUUUGCCUGGAUCUCCUUCGCGUCGCGAGCAUUGAGCUGGUCGUGGGUGGCCACCUCGAUGAGCUGCAAGUUCUCACGGCUCGACCCGUUGAAUGA